AUGGAUUACAUACUAGAUAGGUAUGUAUUUAACAAUCUUCCAUUCGAAGUCAGCGAAGAGACUAGGAAACUCUGGGGUCAACGGGCUCUUCACAUUGUUGGCGUGAGUCUUUUUUCUUCUUAUGGUUUCACCAGAAAAAAUUUUUUUCCCUUAGCAACAAUUGUAUACAGAACCGACACUAUUUUCCUAGCCUGUCGUUUUCUAAAUACCUUCUCUCUGUUCCCUGUUUCACUAAAUAUAAAAAAAACCAAUUCCUUCAGCCUAACAAACUAUGGCUAUAAAAAGUUAAUUUUUUAAUAAAGAAAUUUUUCAGCUAGCCGACUGGGCCUGCAAGUACCAAGAUCCUUGGAAAAUCUUCGAAAACCAUACUUCCUUUCUAUUUGGAGAGCUUCUUUUCUUCUUUCUGGCGUUCUUGACUUUCUGCCAUGGUGAGAUAUUAUUAUAUAGCCUAUCGAAUAGUCACAAAUUGCUAACAGAGUUAAAAAUAAAUGAACUUUUAGCCUGGCGCCACGGGACGAGGUACGUCCUCGUUUGGUUCGGAAUCCUCAUCCACGCUCUAAAUGUGGAAAAUCUUUGCUAUUGGAUCCCAGACAUGGACAACUUCUGGCAGGCUCAAGUAAUAAAAGUUUCAGUAGCCUUUAAAGAAAUUGAAUUUUUUCAGGGAAUUCUGACUUUCUUCGGCGCUCGUGCCCCGCUUUACAUCCUCAUCGGAAUCUAUCACAUGUUCGACUACACCGCAUUCGUUAUGGCUAAAAGGUUUCUUUUUUCGGGAUUUUCAAUUCGUCUCAUUAGCUAAUUGUAUUUUAUAAUCUCUUAGGAUUGGAACCCUUAGGUCACAGGUUAAAAAUUAAGCAGGUAAAGCCGAAAAAUCAUGAGAAAUUUUUUUGUCUUGCGCAAGUAGUUUUUGGUCGGGCGCACCUUCGUUAAAUUGCUUUUGAACUAUUUUAAAUGUUAUCUCGGUCAUUCAAAUAUGAGGAAGCAAAAUUUUUAUGAGCAAGGGACAUCCAACGGGUGUCGCGAUUGGGCCAAUUAUGACCCAAAGUUUUUUUAUGUGUCUUUAAAAUUUCUUUAAGCUUUUUGUGAAUAGAAAAAAACUUUAGAAAAAAAUUCAGAUUGCAUCUUCCUUGGUGGGCUGAAGGUCCAGCAGUCGGUCUUGGAGCAGUCAUGCUCGAUAUGCCUUACGAUAUCAUGGGAAUCAAGCUGGUCUGGUGGACUUGGCACGAUACCGACCCGAAUAUUUUUGACAGGUACCUUAUUAUACCUUAAAGAUCUAUAAAAGACAGUUCAGAAUGAACUGGGUGCCAUGGAACUCCUACUACUUCCACGCUUCUUUUGCCUGCUCCUUCACCUGGCUUCUGAGAGGCAGUCGAUAUCUCCUUGUUUCAAAGGAGUACGACUGGAGGAGGUGCAUAUUUUAGAAAUUGAAAAAAAAUUAAUUUCUCAAAGUGCUUCAGACUUCCACGGGAAAUCAUUUGCGUCUUUGUCGCCGGCAUGGGCGCCUUCUGGCUAGGAACUAUCCAAUUCGCUUUGCUCUACCAUCCACUUCAUGACAUUUACAAGGUUUGUGUGAAACACAGUGGUCCAAUGAGAAAGGACUUGACUUGCGCCCGACUUGCAACAGCUUCCGCUGUGAGAAAUUUCCAAAAAAUGACUGAUACUUGCAAAAGACCAAGGAUCUAAAGUCAAAGCAAGUCAGCAUCAAAAGAUGAUUUUUCAGGUCCACACUGAAUACACUACUAUUCUUUUCCUGUCAAUCUACAUUCUCAUUGUCUUCACGGCCGACAGGAAUAACCGUAACCCCUUGGCUCGAGCCGGUAAAUUCUUUCUCUCAAAUUUAUUCUAAUCUAAAGUUUUCAGGUAACAAAUACUGGUUCGAUGAGCUGGCCUGUGCCAUCGGACUGGAAUAUAUGUUCUUCAUGGUUGCUGUGCUCAUCACAGACCCUCUGAACAUUGUCAGCGACGGCUUGCAUCAACCGAUCGGACCUUGCAAUGAAACCCAAAAAGUGCAAACUCCAACCGGAAUGGUUAGUUUUCAAACGUUUUUCUGUCAAAAAACCAGAAUUUUAAAGGUCCUCGAGAAGAAAAAGUACUUUUGCACGACCAACUUCGAUGAGAAAUACAUUGACUUCCAUUGCAUUCCCGGAGGCGCUCUUCCGAAACCGGUAAUAGCUCAACUUCAGAUUUAUUUUUGAGCAUGAAAUUUCCAGACUGAGCCGGGACAGCCGCUUGAAUGGUACGCCGUUUGUGGAACGGACUAUGAGAAUCGGGCCGAGUAUAUCACUAUUAUUUGGUUUGAAAUCCUAUUCAAAAUCUGUUCAAAAGUCGAGAAUUUAGGGGAAUUUGCAUCCUUUACGGUUGGAUUUGGUAUCAAGUUGCUGCUCGAUCUGGUCCGACUCCCAUUGAUCCCGUUAAGGUGAGAAAGACAAAAAUAGAAGAAAUGUCGGUUCAGGGUGAAGUACCGAAAUCAAUGGGUAAAUGAAAUAUUUCUCAAUUUUUUCCGAUUCCAGGAGCUCCGCAAACGUGUGGUGAAGACCAUUGAGCGUCAAGAUACGACUUCUCUCACAAACGGCAAGAAAAAGGUCAAAACUAACUAAUUUUACGUGUUUUGUGCGUCUUUCUACAUGUUUCCGUGUCAAUAAAAGUGCCUACUUGAAACUUUUUCGCCUUUCUUUUUUGCAUGUUUACCUCACCUGCAUGAACUUUUAACUUCUAUCCUUAAAACCCAAUUUUCAGAUUGACGAGCGCUACUACGAGGACAAUCAUGGCAGACUUUCCACUCAUCCCGAGCCCUUCUACUCGGAUCCUUACGAGUCUCCUCGAUUCAGAGGAAACUUCGUGACUCCCAAGCCUGCAAGCUCCAAGAAAAACACUCCCGCCACCUUGAAACAGCAGCAGAACCUGAAACAAAGUGCUCAGAAGCCUCAACCUUCAGCUCAACCUCAGCCCCAAAUUCAGAAAGUUGUUGUGACCAAAAAAGUUGAGGAGCAGGAGAAAAAAGUGCUUUCCCCGAACUCCCUGAUUGCUGACACUCCCGCACGUAACCUCAGGAAGCGUAGAAGCCGCAAGUAUUAA